CAGUAGGUGAGGUGGAACUCUAACACCCGCAUUAUAAUAAGGUCCACUUACACUGUUAUACAUGACUCCCUCCACCCAGCCACACAGUGGUUGUACUUAGGUAUGUGUGGGCCACUCGGGAACUUCAUCAGAACCCCAGAUCUUACCUGACAUGAGCAGUCAUGGAGACAAUGCUAGAAUGUAUGAAGAGGAAAAUGCACCAUAAGGGAUGGUGUUCAGGUGUGGUACUCUUGAAGGCCAUCACAACACUAGUAAUUUGGGGCCCUGUGAAGGCUGCCGUCGCUUACAGCACCCAGCGUGAGACAUCGUCAUAUGCAUAUGCGUAUGAAGAAAAAUUUUAUAGCGAGACACUAGAAUCUUUCCCCGAGUUAUGGCAAAGAAUAUUCCUCUGGGGGUUCUUCUCCUUGUUGUUUAUCCAUGUUGUGUCGGCCAUCAUCGCAUUUUUGAUGCUGAGACGACAUAAAUAUGGAAGGUUUUCCGCUGCAUGUAUAUUACUUAUCGGCAUGUGCACUACUUUUGUGAUGUGUGCAGCUACCAGUGCCGCCGUUGGAUUUGUACUGUACCAGGCCAAGAUUUCUUUACAACCAAUUCAUGCCAUGAUAUGUGGUAUAUCCCAGACUGCUCUAUACAUCCUCUUCUCUUUUUCACGAGUUAUGCCUACUUUAUAAGUUAUGUGGCACAGAAAGGACAUUAUCUUUACUGACUAGUGAAGUGUGUGUGGUAGUGUAGUAUCCUGGAUAUGGAGAAAAUUAGUAUAAAAACCUUAAGAGAAGCAAAGUGAUCAGCCCAGUACUCUACCCCAUAAAGGAAAUUCGAUAGUGUUUUGAGGUAAAAAAGACUCCGUUUUCAUAAAUUAGUAGAUUAAACACAUAAAAAAUCAUGACACUUCUUAGGUGUCUUUUUAAUCCAGAGGACUCGAUUACACAGUACUUGAACGAAGCAAAGGUAGAAAGAUUGGCCAUUGGUUCUUGAUAUAGGGGGGAUGUAAAUAUUGGUCAGUGUCUUGUGUUUGACCAGUGCAUUUAUUUUUCUAAGCACUUUCCUAAUAAUUUUGUUUUGUUUUAAGAGUAAUGUUACAUAUGCUUUGCUUCAUUCUUGACUCUUGUAUGCCUCACUUACAUACCUGGUCAUCAUCUCACUUGACUCAGUUCAUCCAACUUCUACUCUUUUUCCCUGUCCUAAAUCACACUUCACCUUACUCACUAUGAUCUUAUAUUAUUAUUAUUAUUAUUUGUUUUUUCAUCCAAUUCAUAAACUACUGUAGCCACAUUACAGGUACUAACAUGAUUGCAUACCAUAUUGUUUCAUUUGUUUUUUCUUGGACAAGUUAUUAUCAAGUUUUCGUUGUUUCUUCCUUUAAGGUGUACUGCAUCACCCAGGUAGGCAGUCUCCCACCACACUCUAGUAACACCCUUCUUGAUAACAGGUCUUUGUCUCCCAGUCAUACUCUCAUCUUGAUAUACGUGAAUGUUCAACUUUUCCUUUUUUCGGUAUUUCUCCCCUUUAAUUCACCACGACACUUUCUUAAUAUUUCCAACCUCUUAUGUCACUUUGUUUUUCACCCUAGCAUCCACAUAUGAACACUAAACACUAUAUUUCUCUGCAAGUAUCAUCACAGUAAGAACUGAAACUAUUAUUGGACUGUGACACAGAACUUUAACACACAUUUAUAUCUCACACACAUUAGUAUGCCAGAUAUGCUUGCCCUUCAAUAUUCCAGGUCCUAGUGGGCAUCAAUAUUCUCCUUUUGUAUCUCUGAUAAAUAUAUCUUCUUAACUUACAUGUUCAGUACCUCAAGUAUUUUAUGUUCUCUUAACAGAAGAACCAGAGAUGAUAUUUUUAUGAUAUUUGUUCUCCAUAGAAUUAAUAUUGCUUCUCUUUUCUUAUUCUUUUUCUUUCUUAUGUCCACAUUUACUCAGUAUCUCCUCAUGGAGAGUAACAGCUGCAGUAUUUUACAUCCUCCAGCAGGAAGAAUCAUGUGUUGAUCAUUCUAGUACAGAAUAUUGGGUCCUAAUUGUAGCGUGAUCAUCCUCUGAGAGUUGUUUAUAAUGCCUUGUGAUGACAAUGGAUAAUUCUAGGUCGAUCAGUCACUCAGAGAGUUAUAAUGCCGAGUGAUAUUAUUGCCAGUGUUAAUUGCCAGCAUUAGUUUCAUGCUUCACUUACAGUGCCUGAACAGUAGACAGUCUGCUUCUGUUUUCAUGUUUUAUUUAUUGCCAGUAAUAUUAAUCAACAUACAAUAUGUGAAAUGUAAAACAUUGUAAUUUUUGUAAUUUUCUAUGUACAUAGGUGUAGAUAUUUAUCAGAUAUGUACAUCAUUUGAUGUAAAUAAAGUGUUAAUUGUA